AUGCAACAAUUUGCAGCUUCAACCACCACGCCAGAACAAGAAUUAGAAAAAAGAAAACAAUUGGAAGCGGAGGUGACCAGUUCGCUGCCUUUUCAUAAAGAGCUCGGAGAAGUGGUAGUCACUGUGAAGGGAAUUUAUAAACAUUAUCAUAUUGCAGGAAGAACAGAUACGGUUCGGGCUUUGGAAGAAAUUAAUUUGAAUGAUGAAAGUGAAUUUUAUGGAAUCCGAAGAGGAGAAUUUGUAAUGAUUAGAGGACCUUCGGGAGGUGGUAAAACAACCUUGUUGAACAUCAUCGGAACGAUUGAUAAACCAAGCGGAGGAGUUUUGGAAAUUCUCGGAGAGCCAAUCACUGCCAAAUCAAGUGACAAUUAUUUGGCAGAUUUGAGACUUCGUAGAAUUGGAUUUGUUUUUCAAACAUUUAAUCUUAUUGCCACAAUGAGCGCUUUUGAAAAUGUAGAGCUGCCCAUGACACUAUUAGGUAAAUUAAACAAGAAGGAACGAAGAAAGAGAGCAAAGGAAUUACUCAAAAUGGUCGGACUGGCUGAUCGUAUGGCUCACUUGCCAUCGGAAUUGAGUGGUGGUGAACAACAGCGUGUCACCAUUGCUCGUGCACUUGCAAAUGAACCAGAGAUUUUACUUUUGGACGAGCCAACUGGAGACUUGGAUACAAAGAAUACAGUUGAGGUCAUGGACCUCUUAUUGAGGAUUAAUUUAAAUCGUAAAACAACAUGCAUCAUGGUGACACACAAUCCCGAUGUAGAGUGUUAUGCAGAUCGAGUGUUGUAUGUCAGCGAUGGUCGUUUCGUGGAACAAGCUCUCAACGAAAUUCAAAUACCUCUUAUUUUCGAAAAUUAUUCCAACUACUUGAAAAGCAAAUAG